UUCCCUCCUCUCAACAUCUCCACAAAAAUGGCUACAUUUUUCUCUACACAAACAUUACUACUUCUACCUCUUCUCAUGUCUCUUUUGCUACCAUUCUCUAUGCCUUUUACAGUCAUUGUUUCCGAUUCCGGCAACCAAUCUUCCAUAAUAGAUGGGCUGCAAAAUGGGUUCUCAAUGAACUUGAGCGGAGCCCAAACUGAGGCCCACGAGCAAGAAGCUGUCUAUGACAUAAUGAAGGCUACAGGAAACGCUUGGGCGACCGAUAUCCCCGACGUUUGCCGUGGCCGGUGGCAUGGCAUAGAGUGUAUGUUAGACAAAGACAACGUGUAUCAUGUUGUUUCAUUAUCUUUUGGUGCAUUGUCUGAUGAUACUGCCUUCCCUACUUGUGACCCAACAAGCUCUUAUAUUUCGCAAUCUAUUACUAAGCUUCCUCAUAUUAGGACUUUGUUUUUUUACCGUUGCCUUAGUCAUAACCCACAACCUAUCCCUUCAUUUUUAGGGCAGUUGGGCCCAACUUUGCAGACAUUGGUGCUUAGAGAAAAUGGACAUGUGGGUCCAAUUCCUAAUGAAUUGGGCAAUCUUACUCGUUUGAAGGUUCUUGAUCUUCACAAGAAUAGCAUCAAUGGUUCAAUUCCAGUUUCCUUGGGCCGGUUGACCGGCCUAAAAUCGUUAGAUUUGAGCGGAAAUAGAUUAACCGGUUCAAUUCCCAGUUUAAGUUUUCCAGUUUUGAAUGUUUUGGACUUGAACCGAAAUCUUCUGACUGGUUCAAUCUCAUCUAGCUUGGGUUCAUGUCAUUCUCUAAUCAAAAUGGAUUUCAGCCAUAAUCGUUUGAGUGGUUCAAUUCCUGAUUCUUUUAGUGGCUUAAAAGAGCUAAUCUUGAUGGAUUUAAGCCAAAAUCGCCUAUCAGAGCCACUUCCCAUUUCAAUCAGAAGCUUAAGCUCUCUCCAAGCAUUAAUCCUAGAAGGAAAUCCAAUGUCUACAACACUCAAUGGCGAAGAAUUUGAUGGUAUGAAAGGUUUAACAAUCUUAAUCCUCUCAAACACAAAUCUACAUGGCCCAAUCCCUGAUUCAUUAGGCAGAUUAACAAACUUAAGAGUCAUUCAUCUCGAUCAGAAUUGCUUAAACGGUUCAAUUCCCAGGAACUUCAAGAACCUGAAGAACUUGAGUGAACUAAAGCUAAACGACAAUCAGUUAUCAGGGCCAGUUCCAUUCGGGAGAGAAAUGGUGUGGAGAAUGAGAAGAAAGCUGAGGCUUCAUAAUAACACAGGACUCUGCUAUGAUGCUGACAGUGGUUUUGAAGAUGGGUUGGAUUCAUCAUUUGAUUCAGGCAUUGGUUUGUGUGAUAAGGGUAGACCCAGUUCAGCAAAGACAGUGCAGCAUCUCUCUACCACUGCUAAGAGUUUGCCAUUGGCAAGUAGAGUUAAUAAAUCCUCUGGUGCAGAUCAGAAAGUUCCAAUUUUGGUUAUGUUGCUUGGACAAACGAUAGUUGUCGUUUUGAUUUUGCUUUUAUUGUAAGGUGAAGAAGUAGCAGGAAUGUAAAUUGUAAAAUACAGGGUUAUGGAUUGAUUUCAAUUUGUCUCAUAAA